AUGGAAAAUAUUCAGGGAAAUUGUGUCACCAGCGCAUUUCCACGAAUUUCGUCGUCAAAGAAACGCAGUCAAAAAUGUAUCCAUCAGGCACGGAAGGAAUAUGAAUCCAAUAUUAUCCGACAGGCUGAACAGAAACCCAAGAUUUUAUUUCACUAUGUUAACAGUAGACUGAAAAACAAGGACCCGGUCGCAGUACUGAAGGAUGAUAAUGAUGUAGAAAUCAUUGAGAAUAGCGGGAAAGCCGAACACUUAGGACGGUAUUUUGUCUCGGUUUUUACUAGGGAAACAGACUUUCGUAGUCGCAGUGACAGCAAUGCCGUUGAGACCGCUGGUCCCGUGCUGGACUCCAUACUAAUUCUGACAGCUAUUGUGGAAAUGGGGCUGGAAGAUCUCAAAGAGGCAAAGUCCUCGGGUCCGGACAAUAUACCGGCCAAAUUCUUGAAAGAAUUGGCGAACGAACUCUCCAAACUACUGGCACACAUCUUCCGCUCGUCAUUCGAAUUAGGGAGGCUGCCAUCGGAAUGGAAUACAGCAAAUAUCUUUCCGAUAUACAGGGGCGGGGCUCGCACUAAUGCUAACAAUUAUCGACCUCUAGGUCUCACCUGCAUCUGCUGUAAAAUCAUGGAGGCCAUUGUUAAGAAAGCGACAAUGAACUUCCUGGAGCAGAACCACCUACUCUCAGACCUGCAGCACGGCUUCAGGCAGAAGCGUUCGUGCCUUUCCAGCCUAUUGCCCUCGACGGAGCAGUGGACUCGCGCACUGGACGAGGAUGGUAGGGUCGAUGGCAUCUACACGGACUUCAAGAAGGCAUUCGACAGCGUCCCACGCAAACGCCUAAUCUACAAACUUUCUGAAAUCGGGAUAAGAAGAAGGCUGCUGACAUGGAUAACAGAUUUUCUUACAGGCAGAUCACAAACCGUGUGCGUUGAGGCCUCGAGGUCAACUCCUACCCCCGUUCUAAGUGGUGUACUCCAGGGCUCCGUCUUAGGGCCGUUGCUAUUCCUGGUUUACAUUAACGACUGCGUCGACGACCUGGGAUGUAGCGCCAUCAUGUUUGCUGACGAUGUUAAGCUGUGGAGAGCCAUCACAUCUGACGCAGACAGGUACGCGCUUCAAGACAGUCUCAACCGCCUGAACAGUUGGUCAGCUCGUUGA